AUGCUGUGGCUGGCCAAGCUUAUUCCCAAUAAAUUUGGGAUUUUUCCCACUCCUUUUGGGGUUUUUGGUCUCAUUUUUUUGGGAAGUUUUAGCUCCUUUGGAGCUCUUCCAGUUUAUCCCAGACUUUUCCUGCCCCAUCCCAUCCCAAAUCCUACCCAAGGUCCCAAAUCCCAUUCCAGAUCCCAAAUCCAACCCCAAAUCCAGACCCAGACACCUAAUCCAAAUCCCAGAGCCCCAAUCCCACCCCAAAUCCAGGCCCAAAUCCAGACUCAGACCCCAAAUCCCUCCCAGAUCCCAAAUCCAGGACCAAAUCCCAAAUCCAGGGCCAAAUCCAUCCCCUAA